CAGUCAGUAAAACAAAGAAGUGGCAAAAAAAAUUAAAUAGUUAUAUAUAAAGAAACUACAUUUCGGCUACCUAAUAUUUUCGCAGUCACCAUGAAGUCUCCGUUCCUCAUUGCCGUACUAUAUUUUUCGGUUAGCCUUGCUUAUGUCCAUAGUCCAGUGUAUAAUACCAUUUGCAAACGAACUGGCGGCUCAAUAACUUGCUAUCAAAACAACACUUGGGGCUUCAAUGAGCGGAAUCAUACAUGCUAUCCUGUGCCUAUGAAUAAAGAGCCAUGCGGAUUUUUCGAUGGUGUAAAGGGUUGCGAGGACUUUUGUCUUAAGUCCUUUGAAUACAUACGAAGACCUAAAGGAGUUUAAUUACAGAAAAUUAAAUGUAAAAAAUUCAA